AUCCGUUGGAGCAAGUUAAAAGUGCGAGAGGUGUGAUUAACAUGACAUGAUAGGCCCCUAUAAUAUAAUUAAUUUAAAAAAUUAUCCUUUAUUUUAGACACAUGACAUUUUCUACAUGUGUGAAUAAAUUCACGUGCAGUCGUAAUAGUCCAACAGUGUAUUUCUACAACAGGUGAAAUGCCUGAGAAUAAUAAUAAAACAGUGGAAUUUGUAUCAAGUUAGAGUUCCAAUCGUCCUACAAAACUUCAUAUUAAAAGAGCGGUAUCUCGGCAAUAUGGUAUAUCUCCCAUCCACAGUGAAGAAACUGAUGCAGGAUUCUGAUGCAGACCCUCAUUUUAGACCUGAAAAUCAUGAUCGACCCCUGAAGGAUUUGUCCGGGUUUGAAAAUAUAAUUCAGUCAGAUUCCUCAGAGACGAAUUCCGACGACCAAGCAACUAAUAAGAAAAAAACAAGAAAGAGAAAAGCUAAUCCCGAAGCCUGGACCUAACCUAAUCUAAACGAAAUUCGGGACUGGCGUACGUUUCAGCGUCAAAAAGCAAGAAGGAAAUCAGAACCAAACAACUGCGACCGCCGCCGCGCCGUGUGGGGAAAUAAUGUGUAAAUUAGGCUGUUCACGAAAAAUCAACGAGGCGAAUAGACAAGCGGUUUUCAAAUCUAACUGGUACCUAGCAGAUCUCAGCAAACAGCUACAUUUUAUUGCUAGUAACACGGAAAGUAUUAAGCCCAAAUAUCGAUAUUCAACGACAAACGGACAUCGUAAACUUAAUACAGCAUUUUAUUUUAAAAUAAAUGACACUAAGAUGAGUGUGCAAAGUUUUUUUUCAGAGCAACACUCGAUAUUAAUGAUCGUACAAUUCGAACUGUUAUGCAAAAGAAAGAUGAUAAGGGUUUCUUAACACCUGAAAAGAGAGGGAAACAUGGUAACCACUACAAGGUUAGUGAAGAAAUAAAAAAUAGUGUUCGUGCUCACAUUGAUUCAAUCCCAUUAAUUGAAUCGCACUACCUCAGAGCUAAGGCAUCAUAAGAAUACACUGAUGGAGGACGAUGUUUAUCUGAAAUCUACAGAGACUAUCAGAAGGAUUGUCUUGAGGCUAAUCUUCCAUACUGUAACUUAGUCAUGUUUACCAAGAUUGUCACACACAAUGAGGAAUACAAUUUAGGGUUUUUUAUCCCUAAAAAAGAUCAAUGCGAUCUAUGUGUUGAGAUCAGAAAGAGGCCUUAUAUGAAAAAUUUAAUUCACACCAGAAAGAAAAACAGUUGUCAAGAAAAGAAGAGGCAGAUAAAAACAAGGUGGGGCCUAAUUAUAUCGUAGCCGUAUAUGACUUACAAGCUGUUCUUCCCACCCCUCGCGGAGAUGUGUCAAAAUUAUAAAUCGAGACUGAAUAAUUUCAAAAUGUUACUUUGGGCAUGAGGGGGAAGGGAACUGAGGUGCAGAAGUUCUAAGAAAAAUUGCGACAUUGUAUUUUAUUCAGAUAACUGCUGCGGGCAGCAAAAGAAUAAAUUCAUGGUAUCUAUGUAUAAUUUUUCUAUAAUGAAAUUUAAAAACAUUAGAUCUAUAACCCAUAAGUAUCUUAUAACUGGAAACACUCAAAACGAGGGUGACAGUAUCCACUCUAAAAUUGAAAGAGAAAUUAAACGAACCCUUAAGUCAGAACCUGUAUAUGUGCCCUCACACUACUCGCAAUUGACAAGAAGCGUGGCGAUCCUUACCAAGUUAAUGAACUUGACCAUUCAGAUUUCUUUGCUAUAAAGGCUCUAGUACAGCAGCUAAAUCUUACACUUGCGUCAGUUAAAAUUAAUGAAAUAAAAAUAUUUCAAGUAGAAAACACACAUCCCACUAAAUUUAAAUACAAGAAUUCUUACGAGGAGACUGAAUUUAAGUGUGUAGAAAUUUCUAAAUGAAAUAUUUCACAUAACGCUCUUCUGGAUUUACAAAGAGCAUACAAAAAUGCCCUUAAAAUAAAAGAAAACAAAAAAAACUUACUUUAACAAAAAUCACAUUCCUAAACUGCCCUCCUAAGCUAGAACGCAGUAACUCCUAAUUUUGUCAUUUUGGAGUUACUGCAUUUCUAACAUGCCUAGAACUUUUUUGUAUCUGUCUAACUAAGCAAAAAAGCAGUAUUGGCAAUCCAUAUUGAAAUAAAUGGCUAAAACGUUUGCAGUAUCUCCACUUUUUGAUGUUCAUACAUAUCUAAAGAGCAGUAUCUGACAUUUGCUUGACUAAAAUGCAGUAUGUCCAAUUUUGUCUGGAGAUACUGCCUUUAUGUCUAGGAUCAGCUGACAUGCAAACAUUUUUAUUGUAUGUGCGGCAGAUCUCAGUCGCGUUUGCACGUGUAUCAGAUAACAUAAACAUAACCAACAACUGCAUAAUUUGUGUUUUAUCAGCAAGUAAUAAAAAAAGUGAUAGUGUUAGUUUGGUAAAAGAUAUUUCGAGUAAUUGAUUUGCUCUGUAAAUUACUAUGGAGAACAAGAAGCACGGUUAUCGGUGGAAACUGAUUAAGAAGGGUCUUCAGAAUAAGGUGCCAAUAAAUGUAAUUGAUGUGCAAGCUAUAUCUAGCAAUGUGAUCGAACAGACAGAAUCAAAUGAGUAUGUUACAUUGAAUCCGCUGAGCCUCUACAAUGCUGAUAUCUCCAAAUCUGGUUCAAUUGCUGCUUCGCCAUCUGAAGAUAACUUAGACGGUCCUUCAUUAAUGCCAGAACCACCUUCCACUGAAAUUAUGGCCGCUGCGGAGCCGGACUUUCCUAAUUUGAAUCAGGAUGCAAAUAUUCCAAUAUUUGAUUCCAAUCACUUGGAAUUCGAAUAUCCCCACUUACCUAAAUUCAAUGCUCCAUCAUUGCCUCUGCUGAUCCAUCCAAAUGGAAUCAUGGAUGCAAACAUUUCAUUGCUUGAUUCUGAAAACAGUGUUGUCGACGAUCUUCAUCAUUAUGACUUACCCGAUUCUGAUACCCCAUCAUCACCAGUACGCCACACCCAAGACGUUAUGGUUGCUGAUACUGAUGAAGCACAAUGUUCUUCAAUAAAUACAAUUCAAGAUACAAACAUGCCCUUAUUAAAUUCUGACGACUCUGUGGACGAUCCCCAUUACUUACCUGACUCUGAUACUUCAUCUGAUCAACCUUUGAGCAAGAUUCGUAGAAAAUUAAAGAAAACCUCAACUGAUCAAAGUGGAGAUGUGGCUGAAGUCGUUCAGCCUGAUGAACAGUACACUAAAAGAACGGGAGAACUUAGAAAAAGGAAGAAGUUUUGUAAAACCGUUGCAGAAAGGAAUGCUGAUAAACUGGAAAAAGUUAAAACUAAACAUACGGUUCGAACAGGUUGUGGACCAUGCAAGAAAGGAUGUGUUGGAAAAAUUGUGGAAGAUCAGCGUAUAUCAAUCAAUAGGGACUACUGGAUGAUGUCCUGGCAGGAACGUCAAAUUUUUCUUUCGGCAACUAUUUCAACUAUGGAAGUGAAACGGCGAAGAGGUUCUGGAAUGUCGAGGACAAGGUCUUGUAAAUACUUUUUGAAAAAUGCAAACGGUGAAAAAGUGGAAAUCUGCAAAGUGUUCUUUCUGACUACACUGGGAUAUGAUCGCAAAAACGACCGAGCUAUCACCAAUAUUAUUAAUAAGGAAAGUAAUGCUACGAGCGUGCAAGAUAAACGAGGAAAGCACCCCAAAACUCCUAAAACGGAUCGAAGUGUUAUAAAAACACAUAUUGAAUCUUUUGGACCUACCAUUUCCCAUUACAGAAGAGAACAUGCGCCGAACAAAAGGUAUUUAGCUAGCGAUAUCAACAUCACUAACAUGCAUAAAGAUUUAAUGGCAAAAUAUCCCGACAUAAAGUGUUCUUACGAGUUAUACAGAAAGUGUGUUUCAAAGGAUUGUAAUAUUUCAUUCACUAAAUUGGGUCACGAGGAAUGUGAAACAUGUGAAAUUUUUAAGAUGCAUGAUCCAAAACAUACCCAACAAAAUCUAAUUCCGGACUGCGAGUCGUGCAAGGCAUGGGAAAAUCAUAUUAGUAAAGCAAAGAAUGCCCGUGAAAAAUACAGGACUGAUGCUGCUAAUGCUGGUUCCGAUGAAACAUCCAUAAUUGUUUCUGCAGAUUUAGAAAAAGUUAUAAUGCUGCCUAGGAUCGAUAUGUUUAAGCAGGUGAUAUUUUGUCAACGAAUUAUUGUGUUUAACGAAAGCUUUGUACCGAUUGGCAAGAAGCAGCAGAUCAAACCUUUUGCUUGCCUCUGGCAUGAAUGCAUCUCCGGGAGAAAAAAAGAAGAUUUGAUCAGUACCUUUCACGUUUUCCUCAUCGCCAUGCGAGACUUUGAGAACAUAACCAUCUGGUUAGAUAAUUGUUCCGGACAAAAUAAAAACUGGGCCCUAUUUUCCUAUCUGACGUAUAUCAUUAAUUCACCUGAAACAGCAACAAAUAAACUGACUUUGCGAUAUUUUGAGCCAGGACAUACUUUUAUGGCGGCAGACAGUUUCCACCACCAGGUGGAGCUAUCUCUACAACAAAAGAAGAAAGUAUACGAUUUUGCAGAUUUUGUAAAUUGUGUACAAGCUGCAAAUUCAGGAAAAGUGGCCGUGAAGGAAAUGAAGCUGGAGGACUUCUUUGUUUGGCCCGAUAAUUCUUCCUCUUACAAAAUCAAACAAUUGAUUCCAAGACCUUAUAUGAAAGACAUUGUGGAAGUCAUUGCUGAGAGAGGAAAAAACGAACUCGUUUACCGGACAAGUUUUGAUGCAGAGGUGAAUUAUAAUAUGAAUUUCUUAAAUAAGAAAGCUAUACGUCGACUGGAUCUUCCACCAAGAAUAAUUAAACCAAGAGGAAUCACAAAUGAGAGAAAACGCAACAUCGAGAAACACUUGCUUCCUUUAAUACCACAAAAUAGACGAGUAUUUUGGGAAACACUUCCUGUUGAUGACAACGCGAUCGACCUAAGAAAUUCAGACGAUAAGGAAUAACUUUCAAUGACAGAAUUAUUCAAUAAAUUAUAUCAUUUUUAACUUUCAUUUGUUUUUGUCGUAGGCACUAAUAUUGCAGCAUCCCUCUUUUUUUAUUCCAUGUCGCUAGUCUACAACGCAGCAACUCCCAAAUUUUUACAAUACUGCAAAACUGA